AUGGUCCAAUUGGGUUCAGUUGCAGGUGCGAUCAUUGCUAUGAAAUCAGUUGAUUUCUUUGGAAGACUUAGAGCAUUACAAGUUGUGUGUAUUAUUUGGUUGAUUGGUGUUUCAAUUCAAGUUUCUUCCCAUUCAGUUGGCCAAUUAUUUGCUGGUAGAUUUAUUGAAGGGCUAGCUAUUGGACAGACCACUUCUAUUGGCCCUGUUUACAUGUCCGAGGUUGCUCCAAGUCCUAUUCGUGGCAUGGCUAACUGUAUUUUUGCUGGUGCUGUGUAUUUAGGUAUUAUGUUGGGAUACUUUUCAAACUACGGCUCAGCAUUACAUAUCCCAGCAAUGUUGAGUGAUGGGUCAGUCAAUGAUACUCAAUGGAGGGUGACCUUUUGUUCAAAAUUUAUCAUGGCUGGUUUUAUCUUUAUUACUUCAUUCUUUUGGUGUGUUGAAAGUCCUCGUUGGUUAUUGAAACAUGACAAGUCACAAGAAGCUAUUGAUAAAUUAAGCAAAUUAAGAAACUUACCAACCGACCAUCCAUACAUUGUUGCUGAGAUUAGUGACAUCAAUGAACAAGUUAUGGCUGAGAAGGAAGCAGCAAGAAGCUCUUCAUUAAUCAGUAACUUCAAACAAAUUUUUACUGUAAAGAGCAUUGCUUACAGAUUGAUUAUCAUUGGUGGUGGAAGUCAAGUCCUAGGCCAAUGGAGUGGUGCAAAUGCCGUCACUAUAUAUGCUUCGGAAUUGUUUUCGCUUGUGGGAGUCACUGGUAUUGACAAGUUAAAGAUGUCUGCAGUCUUGGGUGUUGUCAAAUUCUUUUCUGCUUACUUUGCUGCAUUUUUCCUUAUUGACAUCUUGGGUAGAAAAAGAUCACUUUACAUUGGGAUCUGCGGUCAAAUGUUGUGCUUGUUGUACUAUGCCAUCUUUUUGAAUUUAGUUCCAGAAGCCGCUGAGGGAGUUGCUAUAAAUGACCAUGCCAAGAGAGCUAGUACUGGUGCAUUAGCUGCUAUUUUUCUAAGUGGUACAUUUUGGACAAUUGGAUUCAAUUCAAUUCAGUAUUUGAUUGGCAAUGAAAUUUUCCCACUCGGAAUCAGAUCUUUUGCUCAAUCUAUAAUAAUGGUGUUACAUUUCGCUAAUCAAUAUGGAAAUUCCAAAGCAAUGCCAAAACUUAUGCUUGCUAUGCAUUCAUUUGGUGCAUUUUAUUUCUUUGUUGGUGUUUUAUGUGUGGCGUUGGUAUGGGCUUUCUUCCUUCCUGAAUUGAAAGGUAGAAGUUUGGAGUCAAUCGAGGAAGUGUUUACAUUGCCAUGGUAUGACUUGAGACGUUGUAAUAAAUUGGUUCCUGAUCAUUCACAAAUUCACAAGGUUAAAUACACCAAUAGCAGACGUAAUACCGGAUUUGAAAAUAUACAUUUUGAUUUAGAACAAAACAAGCAUAGUGUUGAAAUGAUUGAAAAUUCGGAAGCUACAAACACUAAUAAUGAUGCUAGGAGAAGCUCAGGGGAGGAAGAUGACGAGAAGAAGGGCCAAUGA